AUGGCAGGAAACUUUUCACUUUUUAGGACACUGAUUUGUGGAGAUAAAAAAGCAGGAUUUUCGAUAUUUUGGGCUGAUGAUGGACUCGAUACUGGCCCUGUACUCCUACAGGAAGAAUGCGAGGUGGAACCAGACGAUACAGUUGACACCCUGUACAAACGAUUUUUAUAUCCCACUGGGAUUUCAGCAGUUGCCAGGUCAGUCGACAUGGUGGCCAGUGGGAUAGCCCCAAAAGAACCACAAAACGACAAAUAUGCCACUUACGAUCCAAUGCUGAAUAAACCAGAACUCCAAAAGAUUGACUGGAAUAAAACUGGAAGAGAACUUCACAACUUCAUAAGGGGUAUGGAUUCUGUUCCUGGAGCAUCCUGUUUAUUGACCUUGCCCAACACUUCUCAACCCCAGGAAGCAUUCCUAUAUGGUUCUUCCAUAUGGAGGAAGCAAAAGCCUGAAGGAACAGAAGUUCAAAUACAAGGUACCAAAAAUGGGGUGAUACAUGAAGAUGGGUUGCUAGUUUCUGGUCGAGAUGGGGUUUUGGUGAACGUUAAGAGGGUCAAAAUAGGAGGGCGAAUGAAGCAAGCUAAUACUUUGGACAAGAUUUCUGAACAAGUUCAAAUCGAAUACACCCCUGAAGAAAAAGACAUCGUUGAAUCAUUAAGAAAAUCGUGGGAAAAUAUUCUGAUAACAGACGUUGAAGAUGGCACGGAUUUUUUCGCCUCAGGUGCAGGUUCCAUGGACGUAGUAAGACUUGUAGAAGAAGUUAAGGACAUUGCCAAGGUGGAGUUUGAAAAUGAAGACGUGUACCUCGCCCCCGUUUUCGACGAAUUCGGACUCGCAGUCAUCUUGAAACUUAGGGGCGGUUCGGCCCCCGCGGAAAUAAAAUACAGGGCGAUCGAAUUGGAAACGAAUAACAUGAAAAUUAAAUUCCCAUGUCAACUGUUCAUCGAUGGACAAUUCGUGGACAGUGAAGGUGGCAAAACAUUCGAAACAAUCAAUCCUGCGGACGAAAGUGUUAUUUGCACGGUUCAAUAUGCGUCGAUAAAAGAUGUUGAUAAAGCUGUGAAGGCGGCAAAGAAAGCUUUCGAAAAGGGCGAAUGGAGUAAAAUCAGUGCUAGAGAGCGGGGACAACUUCUCUUCAAAUUGGCAGAUUUGAUGUACCAACAUCGUGAAGAAUUGGCAACUAUUGAGUCAAUUGAUUCCGGAGCGGUUUACACUUUGGCCCUGAAGACACACGUCGGAAUGAGCAUAGAAACGUGGCGGUAUUUUGCCGGAUGGUGUGACAAGAUCCAGGGUUCAACCAUCCCCAUAAAUCAUGCCAGACCCAACAGGAAUUUCAGUUUUACCAGACGGGAACCCGUAGGUGUUUGUGGCCUUAUUACCCCCUGGAAUUAUCCUUUGAUGAUGUUAUCCUGGAAAAUGGCUGCUUGUUUGGCUGCUGGUAACACUGUGAUAAUCAAGCCUGCCCAGGUGUGCCCAUUAACAGCCCUUAAGUUUGCGGAAUUGUCUGUCAAAGCUGGUAUUCCCCCAGGAGUCAUUAACGUCCUUCCUGGUUCAGGUACUGUGGCUGGUAGCGCCUUAUCAAGUCACCCAGACGUAAGGAAACUGGGAUUCACAGGAAGCACAGACAUAGGGAAAGUAAUCAUGAAAUCCUGUGCCGAAUCAAAUCUGAAGAAGGUGUCGCUAGAACUCGGCGGGAAAUCCCCUCUAGUUAUAUUCAACGACUGCGAUUUGGAGAAGGCUGUGAGAAUUGGGAUGCAGAGUGUGUUCUUCAACAAGGGUGAAAACUGCAUAGCAGCUGGGAGGCUUUUCGUGGAAGAGAGUGUCUACGACGAAUUCGUCAAGAGGGUGGUUUUAGAAACUAGAAAGAUUGCAAUAGGAGAUCCACUUAACAGAUCGACGUCCCAUGGACCCCAAAAUCAUUUGGCCCAUCUUAAGAAAUUGCUGCAGUACGUGGAGAUAGGGGUUAAAGAAGGGGCAAAACUUGAGCACGGAGGAAAGAGAUUAAACAGGCCCGGAUACUUUUUGGAACCAACGAUAUUCUCAGGUGUCGAAGACCACAUGUACAUUGCCAAAGAAGAGUCUUUUGGACCCAUCAUGGUCAUUAGUAAAUUUGACGAUGGUGACUUGGAUGGAGUAUUAAGAAGAUCCAAUGCCACUGAAUUUGGUCUAGCUUCGGGGGUGUUUACCAGAGACCUUUCUAAAGCGAUGAAAUUUGCAGAGAGAAUAGAAGCCGGCACUGUUUUCAUAAAUACUUACAAUAAAACAGACGUUGCAGCUCCUUUUGGAGGAUUCAAACAGUCAGGAUUCGGAAAGGAUCUUGGCCAAGAGGCUCUUAAUGAGUAUCUUAAAACAAAAACUGUUACAAUAGAAUAUUAAAUGAGCGAAGAUUUGUUUGUAUUUUUUUUUCUAUUUUGUUUAAAUGUAUUUUUGUUUUUAUAAUUACCUCAUUAAUAAGUUGCUGUAAUGAUAAGUAAAAGUGUGUGUUAUUAUU